GGGAAAUAGUAGAAAUCUAAAUACCAGCAGUGGCUCUCAGGUGAAUGAGGCUGGCAGAUGUGCCAAACGUGUCCGAAGGAAGAGAAAACUGCUUCUGGAAUCUGACUACGAGGAUGAAAAUGCAGAUGAAGAUGAGUUGUGCCUGCAAACAAGAAGGUAUGGAACUGGGUUUCCUACUUAGAAGAUGAACGGAUGCCAGCUGCUCCCCCAAAACUAUUCAGAGAGUAUCAGUCAUUCCCACAAGGUCGGAAUGGAUUUAAAGUUGGGAUGAAAUUGGAAGGGAUGGAUCCUGAACACCCCUCUCGAUGUUGUGUUCUCACAGUGGCUGAGGUAAAAGGGUACAGAAUGCGAUUGCACUUUGAUGGCUAUCCAGAGUGCUAUGACUUCUGGGUUAACGCUGAUUCCUCAGACAUCCAUCCUGUUGGCUGGUGUGAAAAAACAGGUCAUAACCUGCUCCCUCCUAAAGGUUUCAAGGAGGGAGAAUUUAAUUGGACUUCCUAUUUGAAGAAUUGCAAAGCUCAAGCAGCUCCAAAAAGUCUUUUUAAGACCCUCGGCACUCCUGUCGCACCUUCUGGUUUUCGUCUGGGAAUGAAGUUAGAGGCAGUGGACAAGAAGAAUCCAUCACUGAUGUGUGUCGCAACCAUCACAGACAUGGUGGAUAACCGCCUGCUAAUUCAUUUUGACAACUGGGAUGAGAGUUAUGACUACUGGUGUGAUGCAAGCAGCCCACAUAUUCGUCCUAUUGGCUAUUGCCAAGAAACUGGAACCCCACUGACAACACCACCUGGAUAUGAGAAUUCCCAAGCCUUCUCAUGGGAGAAAUACUUGGAAGAAACUAAUUCCCAGGCAGCCCCAGCAAGAGCAUUCAAACUGCGUCCUGCUCACGGAUUCCAAGUUAAUAUGAAGUUAGAGGCUGUGGACAGAAGAAAUCCCAUCUUGAUAAGAGUGGCAACAAUAGUUGACAAAGACGACCAUCGCAUUAAGAUACACUUUGAUGGUUGGGACCAUAGUUACGAUUUCUGGGUCGAUGCAGACAGCCCUGAUGUUCAUCCAGUAGGCUGGUGUGCAAAAACUGGACACGCUUUGCAAGUCCCUCUAGGGGCUGUUGAUCAAGUGGGACCAGGGGGACAAGCGUGUCCCACUCCAGGCUGCCGCGGCAUCGGUCACAUCAGGGGACCGCGAUAUGGAACUCAUCAUACAUUAGUUGGCUGCCCGUAUUCCGAUGUGAACCUCAACAGAGAAAACUUGUUACAGGACCGCCUGGGCGUGGAGAGACCCUCCCCUAGCAACCCAAUGCCGAAAGCCGAGAUGCUGGGGACUCCUGCCCCAUUUCUUUUGGGAGCAGGAGAGUCUUCUCAGGAGUCUUCUCUUCCGUCCAGAAAAUCUGCACCAGACAGUGAAAAGUCAUGUCCAAGCAGUGUUCACAGUCUGUCGGAAAAGUCUGAUCACAGUCAAAAAAGGCUCGGGUGCUCGCAUGCCUUUAUAAAUUUCCAGCUGGCGAAACAGCAAAGCAAUGGAAAAGACCCUGAUUUUGAUCUCCAGCACGCCCUCCACCAAUCCAUCUUCAUGCCUGCCCUGGCCUCCAACCCAACCCAUCGCCUCCAUCUCUGCUGGGAACAGCACUGCAAGCUCCUCCCAGAGGUCUCAGGCCUCACAGCCAGACAUGUUGCCAAAUGGACUGUGGAAGAGGUUGUGAGCUUUGUCCAGCAUUUACCUGGUUGCAAAGAACAAGCAUCUGUUUUCAGAGAAGAGCAGAUAGACGGUGAGGCCUUCCUGCUCCUGAACCAGAAUGACAUAGUUAAAAUACUCGGUAUCAAGCUGGGUCCCGCCCUGAAGAUCUACAACGCCAUCCUCAUGUUGAAGUCUGCAGAAGACAACUGACAAGAGCCCUUCAGCAGAGCCCACAAGCAGUUAAUGGGGAGUGGAUCGUCAACUGAGAGCAUUACCACUGCCGAACGGGUAGAUCAGGACUCAGAUGUAUUUUAAGUAGGACUUAUUAAAAAUAUUUUGAGGACAUAAAAAUCCUGCCACAGUCUGGAAUAUGGGGCAGCUUCACUUCCAAGAAGAGGAUAUUAUUAUAUUUUGUAAUUGAAUUUGGUUUUGAUGUAUCAAUCUCUUUUGGAGAUCUAGAAGAAACCUCCGGUUCUAAGGGGAAUCCAAGGUCCAACAUUGGUGGAGUUGCAAUUGCAAGAAGAAAGCUGUGAUUAAAACGACUGCUGUGUCCAAGAUAGUGCCUGAAAAAGAGACUGAGUUAUCACCAGCAUGUUUAAUAUAUUCAAUAUGUAUGAAAACUGAGAAAAGGGAGUAAGAAAACAGGGAAAAGAUGCACUUCAGAGCAACUCACCUCUAUCCUUCAAUGCUGUGACCCAAGAGCUGACCUUUUCAGGACUGAUGUUUAAAUUCCAGUUUUUCCUACUGAUCCGAGUUGUUCUGAUACCCCUGGCUACUGGGCUGCCCACACCACAGCAGAAAGGUACCAUGGGCAAAGGGUUUCCAUCUGUGAUGGCUCGCGUCAUUUCUGCUAACCAGCAAAAUUUUCUCACUCAUGUCACCAGAGAGCAAGGAGCCAGCCCUGUGUAGGUAACCUUUGGGUAGCCAAAGAUCUCUGGAAAAGAUACCUCCCACAGGAGACAAAGAUAAAGAUUCUAGCUGUCAUGCUUCUGCCAGUGCUUUUGUGCCACUGCUCUCUGGACCAGGAACAUCUCGUGGCAAAACAGCACAAUCAGGAGCACUUGGGAGUUUGAUGGGUUUGUUCUUAUCCUCUCCACUGCCAGCCAAAUGCUAGGAACAUGAGCUAGAAACUCAGCAGUGGCCAGUGUAUGCGUACAGAUUUCCUCGGAACAAUUUGCUUCUUUGUUUGAACAAUCAAAACACGUGAACUUUGUGCUUUAGUUUUCUAAGGCACUGGCUCUGCUGCCUCUCCAGCAGCCGAGGCAUUCAGGGAAGUGCUUGGAAGGGGAAUUGGGGUUUGAAGAGGCAGAAAAAUGAGUUGAGAAUUACUUCUCAAAAGAGAGAGCAAAUCUCUGUCAGGGAGGAAGCAAAGCUUGUGGCUGUGGUGCUGUGUGUGUAGUCCGUGCUCCUCUGGCAGUAGGGAAGCACAAUCCCGCUCUGCUCAAAGUCAAAGGACAGUUUUAUGAACAAGUACAUAGGACUGUGAUGUCCUGGAUGAGGGAUUUCCUCACCAUUACUUCCAGAACCAUCCUCUCACCAUGGAAGCUGUGGGGGAAGCAGUGAGCCCUGCUGGGGACUCUGCUCAGUGUUUCCUUUUGUGCCUGGUAGCAUGCUAGCUCCUGACUCCUAGCCACUCUCCGUUAGGUAUUUGGCUGUUCCAGAGUUUAGCUAGAACCAGUUUAACUAGGGAAGCCUUUUCACCCCUUCAUUCAAAGCUGCUAGGCUGAACCUUCUGUGUGUGAACCCCUCAGAGUGCUCAGCCUGCACAGACGGUGUUGUAGAAGGCCAGUGUGCCGUUGGCCUCAGCCUAGUGUUGCAUGAGUUUCUUGGGGCACUGCAUGAUGAGAUGUGAUCCAACCUCAACCUCCCUCCUGUAUUUGCCAUUUGUGCUGUUGCCUUAGUCCAAGCCUUAGUCUUGGCUUCUCCAGGAGCCAUUGGGGACUGAGAAUGAACUCACUCCCUGUGACUGGUGACACAAGGAAUGCACUUUGUCUUCCCUCCCUGAUCACUCCUCGUCCUUCCCACUGCUGAGAAGGUCCUUGUGACUUGCCUGAAGUAGUAAGUUCCUUAAAUUGUAAACACAGCAAAUCCAUUGCCGCUGAAGCCAUGCAGUCCUGGAUUAAUACACAGAGCAAUUGUCUCCAUACUUUCUAUUUUUGUAUAAGAUGUUAAGGAGUUUGAGCCUUCCACAGAGAAGACAUAGGGUUGAUGGGUUGUUUCACAGCCAAAACAUUAAAUGUCAGCCAGGCAAUAACAGGAUAGUUAUUUAAUAACUAUUAUCUAUAUAGCUAUCCUAUUAAUAAUAACAGGAAAGUUAUUUAAUGUGGUGUUAAGGACUAGACAAGGUAGGAAUUUAAUUUAUUAAAACACAUUUUUAGUAUGAUAACCAGGAUAUUCACCAAAGACACAUUCCUUUAUCCCACUCUGCGCAUCUGACAUCAGUGUAAAGACUUGAAUUGUAAGUGGCAUCUCCUGCACUCUGACACAACUCGCCUUCUGGGCACAGCAAAGUUGCUGACAACUGGAGCAGAGGAUCUGUAGCUGCACUGUUUGUCCCUGGCUCUCCACUGACUUGUUAAAUAGCCCUGAGCCCUUCUUUGCUCCAGUUUACCCCUCUGUGACACCCAGCCAGGUGGGAUGGGUGCAAUUCCACCUUGCUCUCGUUUUUAGCAAGUGGCUCCGGCCUGAUUUUCUGUUUUACCUCCUUUCUUUGGGAAACUCAGCUGGGGGACAGCAGAUUGCCUCUAGCAGUAAAAGAAAAUACAAUGUUAUUUCAUCUUUUACUAAAUAUAGAUGGAGGAUGAAGAGAAUCAGUGAAACAAGCAGUGAGAUUCCAGUCACUGAAGUUAUUCAAACAGAGAGAAAUCUCUAAUCCUAGAGACGUACAUGCCAGCUGGAACAAAGAUGAAAAUGUGCACUUGGAGUUUGCUCAGUGACAGCAAGAGUAGUGCUUUCAGCAAGGAGGAACCCUUUUAGGGACAGAAGGAGGAGUGUGCUUCUUGUGCCUUUUUUUUUUAAUCUGAGAAUUGUUUUUGCAGAGCAAGCAAGAACAUGCACACAUCUAUCACUGACUGCUUUGCCAAAUAUAGCUGUAUUCCAAUAAAAUCAAGCCACUUCACAAUAAUGUGAGGGCAAAAAGAUUUUCAAUGUCUUUACUGGACAUGUUUAAAAUUCCUUAAUAUUUACAUGACUGAAAAAAACCUGAACCAACUCAUCUUUUAGCCCCAUACAUAGGAAUUCUUAUGUUGCUGCUGCCGUUUCCCUCACUCUGGGGAGCUCUCACCUGCAGUGUCAUGUUCCUGCUGGCAGCCCCUGCCUGCACAAAAUCAGCUCUGCCUUUUUCCCCCUCCUGCUCAAGGCCUGUGUCAAGGUGAGGCGUCUGCAGGUGCCUUUGAUUGUCUCAUGCUGUGUUGUCUCGUUUGAAACAUGCACUUUGAAGCAGAAAGCCAAAAAGUUGUAGCUCUGUGGUGAACAAUGCUGAAACUGGUUAAUCCUGAGUUUCAUUCAUUGAGUGUCAGCAGAAACUGCCUGGUGGCCCAGCUGAGCCCAGAAGUCACUUAGAAAGAUGAAUAUAAUACUCAGAAUCAACGCAGAGCUGUGACAGCUUCCUGUGGGCCAGCAGCGCAACAGAGAAGUUGCAGUUCUUUGUUAAAAUGAAGCUUAUUCCUGGAUAUGUUUUUGUUCCUGUUUUUGAAAACCGAAACGAUCAAUUGUUUUCCAUUUUUCUCCUCAAUAAAGAGUCCUGUUAACAUUUUUUUUUCUGCUGUCACCAGUGAUCAUCCUUGUAAUUCAUCCAGUAGCAGCAGAUUCCUGCUCUGGAUAAUGGAUCACGUUGAAGUUGGACAGAAGUGUCCCCAGCGCUGAUAGCAAAACUCCAACCAAGGGAAGAGCGCCAUUCAGCACAGGGGAUAAGCCAGUUCAGCUGGAGAAGAUUUCCUGCCUGCUACUUUCAUGCCCUGCUUAAGGAUUUAUACCACAGAAAGCUUUAAAGUUUCUGACAUCUUCUCCAUCCCGCGAUGAGCCAGCUUAAUUUUGACAUUCCUGUUACUUGAACUGGAAACGUGUAGGGGAAGGGAGCGCGUGCCUGCUGCCUUGGUUCUGCCUCGGUUCUGCCUCUGAAAUGUUUGCCUCUUCUAAACCAAACAAAUACUUGAGCUUUGUGACACUAGCCAUGGCGUUGCGCUCCACCGAUGCUUUUUUUUCUGGAAAUGUGAAUAAAAUUAAUAUAA